UUGGCCGCUUCACUGCACUAUUUCAACGCACACCGCGUAAAAGCGACGCCGAUUUCAAUUUCAACGAAUUACGAAAAGUGUGUGAAAAACCAGGUAACAAUGGCCGACUUGGACGACCUGGAUUCCCUGUCCAACGCAGAAAUCCGUGCGAAGAUGCUGGCCCAGGGACUGCCCAAUAUCCCAGUAACCGACAGCAGCCGGAAGGUUUUGGUGAAGCGUCUGCGCGCCUCCCUUGGCGGCCAGGCGUCGCCGGCAGCCAGUCCCAAAAAGAGCAAUCGCCGGGAGACCCUGGCUCCAGCUCCCUCUGCUCCGGCUGCUGCUUCUACACCGGUGGACAAGCUCGACGGAAACAAGGUGGCUCCAGCCACCAAAGCUCGGCGUACCAUUGCCGCCACGGAGGCCAAAGAAGCCGAACGUCGUCGCCCCGAAGAGCCAGUAGCUGCCAGGAAACCCACUGUUGCUGCUGCUGCUCCUGCUCCUGCUCCAAUACAGACACGACGCACUUCCACUUCGACUAGCGCCGAACAACGUGUCGUAGAGCCCGUGAAGAAACGUGCACCAGUGAUCAUUGAGGAGGAGCCACAGAGGGGGUUAAAGGUCGACUCACUGAUCGUCCUGGAGUCAGACGAUGAAGAGGACGAGGAGCUGGCCCAGGCUGCGAAUCUCGUGGAGCAGCAGCACGCGGCCAGGGAGAGGUUAUCCAAGCUUACAAGCAGCGGUAUCACCAAUUACGAGUACAAAAGCCAGACCGUGGCGCCUCCCCGCCGUCCGGUCUAUGAACCCCCAGUGGUUCCUGCUCCAGCUCCAGCUCCCUUGGGCCCAUCGGCCAGAUCGCAAGUCACCAGUUCAGUCAGACCGCAAGUCACCAGUUCGGCCAGGUCCUACGACUACUUGAGCAACCCAGCCGGAGGGCGCUACAGCAGCUAUGUGCGCACUGCCACCCAGGGUUAUGUGACUGCAGAGGCUCCGUCGGUUUCAGCGCCCUCCUACACGUCCAACUAUCAGCGCACCUAUGCCAACGAGCUGAGCGACGACAACGAGGCCGAGGACGCUCAGUACGAGAGCACCUUUGCCCAGCAACUGGCGCGUUUGCGGGCUGAAAAGAUUGGGGAUCGCAGCAGCCCCUACAGCAGACGCACUCUGGCCAGUGGCUCGUCGUCGGGAACCGGAACCCUGGGCUUUGAGCCGCGUGCCAGACGCUCCUUGCGUUCGGAUGACAACAGCGUGUCCGAGGCCUUUAACCGCUGGUGGAACAGCCUGGAGCAGAAGUACCACAUUAAGUCGAAGUUGUUCAUUCUAUUUGUCGUCCUGUUGUUAAUCGGCGUCUAUUGCAUUUUCUACUGACCUGCGCACACGUACUCAUUUUUCGAAUCUGUAACCUAGUUUGUAUUACAUGUUGGAUUUGUUUUGUAAACAGGCCCGCCGCUGCGGACUUUGUAUGAAUCUUGUUUCGAUAUUGUAACUUGAGCUUGAGAUUGACUAGCCUUUAAGCUGCGUGUUAUCCGUGUUCCAAUAAAGCCCACUUGCAGGGAAUCGCCACAGA